AUGCGUAGCAUAGGAACUAUUUCUGAAGUCUUGCCCUUACAAUCACUGAUACAUGCUUCCAUUGUGGAACACGAUUCUGUUCACAAUGACGGGGUUUUGAUGGGAAGAGCUUUGGCUGAAUCGGCAUUGGAGUUUGGAAGCAGUAACUAUGAUAUGGUUCCGGCUAAAGAGUCAUUGGUUAAGGAGAUGGUAAAGGUGGUCAAAGUAGAAGCUGGAGAUGAAGAAGAUUGCAUAAUAUGUUUGGAGGAGCUGGAGGUUGGGUUUUAUGCUUCUCAGAUGCCUUGUUCUCAUACUUUUCAUGUCGAUUGCAUCGUGAAGUGGCUGAAGCAGAGCCAUUAUUGUCAGAUUUGCCGGUUCGAGAUGCCAACGAAUUAG